AUGGCGCAAGAAAUACUUUUUCCCGUCAUUCAAGGACAUUGUUCUAUGAUGCACCCACCUGAGCCGACUGGUGGCGCAACAGACCUGAGCGAGGUAGCCAACGGAGCGCAGAGUCUUAAAAACACAUCCCGUUCACUUCAGACCCUAAAGCAAAGACCCAAAUUCGGAAUCGAUUCUAUACUCAGCGCCGCCGGGAUUAAAAGCGAUAUUCCACAACCGUCUAGAGGUGGACGUAAACUAGAUCCCGAAAUGUUGUCCCAGGCUGGCAUUGUCACGCAGUUCGUCCCAAAAUUGCGUCCCGAUCCUGCUUCAGCCUCACUCGGAUUAGAAUCCACCAUGAGCAGGACUAGGACCCUUACGUGCCAGACCAAAGGUGGCUCUAGAACCAUAGAGGUGUCGAACAUCACUCGACCAUAA